GAUUCUGGUGAAGAUGGCGAUGCAAGGUGUAGCGCGAGCCUUUUGUGGCGGUGGCUGGGAAGAUGUUUGGAGGGAGAAGCUGUGCCGGACGUUGUGUUGUUACAAGAGGCGGUCACAGACCCAAAGGACCGCGUGCGUCUCUUCGCGACCCUGAGUGACAAGACCGUGGGUGAGGUGGGGGCAUUACAUCUCACGCGUGCUACCCUGGACAGUCGCGUGGCGGAUGCGACAUUACCACUGCUUGCUACGUUUGAAGAGUUCGCAGAAGCGUUGCCCAGCAAAGCCGCUCUGGAUGCGAUCGAUUUAUUGCAAUUACCAGGUUUUCUGUCUGCCUUGAGAGUGGAACAUUCGUUGCGUCAUCAGGUGGCAGCGUUACUGGCCUGUGUGCUACUGAGUAUAUCAGAUGAAAGGCGGCGCUGGACAUACUAUGGGGCGCGAAGGCCUUGGGUGGAUGAAGACGGAGAGUUGCGUCAGCGACGAGGCAAGCUGGAUGUCGCAGACGUGGCGUAUUUGCGCUGCUUGAUGCGGAGAUAUGGUUGGGAGAGAUCUGCAGGAGGA